UCCGGCGUCGCCUCUGCUCUCCGGCGGGGAGGAGGUGCCGAAGUUUUUCGGUGCUUUCGGAGGAGCCCCGCGCGUUGCUAUAGAAACUUGCCGGAACGGGCUGUGAACUCAGCCUUGCUCGCCCGUCCUGCGUCUGUGAAAUGGGUGGAGCGCUCUUGGUGCGAGCGGCGCCUCUGUCCCUCGCCGACUCCUCACUGCCCCGGAUCGGACCCUGCACGGGGCUCUAGAAGCUGGGAUCUGAAAAGCAAGUUGCCUGUUCGUUUGCAGAGCGGGCGAACCAGCGAGCAGUAUAGAGCAGGCCUGUGUCUGUAGAAGGGACACUCCAGGCAAGGUGGCCGGCAUCCCCCUCUGCAAAGACUCUCUGGCAGGAGACCCUUUCUGGGCUGGUGAGGCUGGAGGGUCAGCGGGCCCAAGGAUGGACGCUGUGGGGGAAGCUUCCAUUGCAGAAUGCUCGGACUGCCCCUCCACCUCGGGGCUCCGAGGCCGUCCCCGCCACGUCGUGCGCAGAGUGGCCUCCCAAGCGGUGACACGCAUGAAGCCGCCGGUGGGCAUUGUUUUCAUCACCCUCUUGUACUGCGGGGAGUUUGCAUCCGCCUGCGUCGUGAGCAUCUCCUACAGCCACUCAGAUGACAUCUUCUGGCUCUCCCUGACCCUUCUCUUGAUGCUGAUUCCCUCCGUCAUGGACCAGCUCACCCUCAUCUUUGUGAACCGGGACCUGACCAGCGACAAGCCCUGCAUACUCUUCAUGCAUCUUCUGCUGAUGGGGCCUCUCAUCAGGUGCUUGGAGGCCAUCGUGAUAUUCUACAGGAUUGGGCGGGAGGAAGAGCCGUACGUCACCAUCACGCGCAAGAAACACAUCCACAACAACUCCGAGUUUGAGCUGGAGCAGGAAGUGGGGCACUCGGUGCGAAAGCUGGUCACCCAGCGCAAUGCCUUCAAGCGCAUGGCCGUCAUCCAGGCCUUCCUGGGCUCCACCCCACAGCUCACCUUGCAGCUUUAUGUCAGUGUGAUGGAACAGUACGUCCCCACCAGCAGAGCAGUCUUGAUGUGCAUCUGCUUGCUCUCAGUCACCUACGGAGCCUUGGUCUGCAAUGCCCUGGCCAUCCAGAUUAAGUACGACGACUACAAGAUCCGCCUGCAUCCGUUGGCGUUCCUGUGCAUCAUCCUGUGGCGUGGCUUAGAAAUCUCCACCCGGAUCACCAUCUUGGUCCUCUUUGGGACCGUCUUCAAGUACUACGCAAUGGCGGUUGGUGGGGCCAACUUCCUGGUGUUCUUCUUCUUGCCGUGGAUACAGUUCUGGAGGACUGGUGCUCAGCUGCCGGACCACGUGGAGAAGAACUUCAGCAAGGUGGGCACGGUCUCAGUCCUGUGCUCCAUCACUCUGCUCUAUGCCGGCAUCAAUAUCUUCUGCUGGUCGGCUGUGCAGCUCAGACUGGCUGACCGGGAGUUGAUCAGCAAGUCCCAAAGCUGGGGCUGCCUGGUUCUUUUCUACGUGUUCCGUGGGCUGGAGAACAGCGUGCUGGUUGUCGCGUGGUACUUCUUCAAGACGGAUGUCUACGAGUACUUCUGCAGCCCCAUGCUGGUCUUGCAGCUGAUCGUGGCCUACUGCACGGCCAUCGCGUUCAUGCUCUUCUUCAUGCAGUACCUUCACCCGUGCCGCAGCCUCUUCACGCACAACAUCUCGGACUUCCUGCAGUGCGUUUGCUGCCAGCGGGUGGGAGCAGUCAAACCCUUGCAUCUGGAGCCCCCCUGUGAACCCGGUGUGAGGCACAGCGUCGUCUGACGCGCAUCCGGAGCCAAGCCGCUGCUGGGGGUCAGUACGGACCCCCUCUUCUGCCCAGUCCUGGGGCCCGUAACGAGAUAGGCCUUGCGUGGUGCUAUAAUUUAUACAGAGGCCUUUGGGCAGUGCUGCCCAGGUGGGGCUUUCUGGAGCGUCAUCUGGACUGAGGAGUUACGUCAGGGUGGGCAAGAAGGGUGUAAUCCCCUGUUCCCAGUUUCCCUGCAGAGCCAGGCCCGUGAGCGUCACGCCAGGACAGUGUAUGAUCAGGACUGAGCCGCUUCAGCUGAGAGGACGGUGUUGCAGUGCCCAGACAACAGCCAUUUGCUGAUGCUUCUGCUUGGCUGUGUUCAUUUGUGAAAUGCUGGGCUGAAAGAGACGCAGCCCGGGUGAAGGGCAGGGCUAGCACAUCAAAGAAGGAAAAAGCGAAGACCUGCUUGAGAGUGGCCAGAGGGUCUUGCUAGCAUACGUGUCCUAUGAGGGAAGCCGCCUUUGACACCACGGCCGUCCCAACAUCGGACAAGAUUGUGGCAUGGCAUUUUCACGGUGCUUGGACACCCCACCUAGCUUGGCCAGCUCUAGGUUUCUCCAUCCACACCAUAUUUAUUUAUCUGUUGACCUGAGAAUUGACCAUUUUAGCACUUGCACUGUGUCUUAAAAGAAUUUGGCCUUGUUUCAUGCUCUUGUUUCAACGGUUCUGGGCUGGACAACUGGACACAUGCUCAGGUUGGAAGCUUGGCAAAGUCUGGGGAAGGAGCAGACGCUGGGAUAUGUGGAGGGGAGGGAAUCCUGAAGCACCUGUGCCAUUCAGUACCUGAGCUGGGCAUGCAAGCUCACCUUUCACAAGAGGGGGUGAUCCUUAGCAGCACCCUUCCAUAUGGCAGAGGACGUCUUUGGCGUGGGGGAUUCUCAGUUGAAAUCAGCCCUGGUGGCCCCUGAAUAUGCUGUGCUGCGACAAGCGGCAUGUGCAAACUGUAAUGAAGAACCUAGGUCAGCUCAUCCCAGUCUCAAUGUGGUCUGGGCAGAUCUGCUGAGUAACUGACUCCUCCAUCCCAAUAUAAACUGCAGCUGAUAGACAAUCAACACGCAGGAAUAAAACAAAACGAAGAAUCAAAAAAUCCCCUCAUCAUGCUUUUGGUUCCCUUGUCUAUCCUGACCCCCAAACAAGCUGCCCUGUACAAUAUGCAUGACGAGACGCCCUAUUCUCAAAUACAAACUAUCCCAACGGGAAAGUCGUUGGCAAAACUGGGUGCCUGCAAGACCAGGCCAGGCUGACUGCAUUCUGCAUCCAGUCCCUGUAGUGAUUUAGUUUUGGAGAGUCGUGUGGUUUUGGACUGACCGCAGAUUUGGGGGAACCCUCAAGCCUGGGGUUCUGGGUAUCCCUGACACAUGCUGGCAGCAGGGGGCACUGAUCAAUAGGCGCUGGCUCAGUCCUCCCGCUAGCUUUUUCUGCACUGAUGUGAGGGGCAGGGGGCUGAGGAAGCAGGGACUGAGAACACAAGUGGCAUUGGUUGCGGCGGCUCCGUCAGGGAGCGUGGCCAGUUGGCCUUGUACUAGCCCGCUGCAUGUGACUUCGGGGGCCACCUAGCAUUCUUUGCAGCCCAGGCUGAUGCCACACCUGUCAGUUAGGACCCAUCCGGGACCAGCCUGGCUUCCCAAGCACAUAAAGGUGCUCCAUCAAGAAGGGCUCCCCUGGGGCAUUUUCUUUGCCCUAGGAAAAAGCUGCAAGGCAAACCCUUAUAUCAGCUUUCCUCAACCUACCAUCCUUCCAGGAGGGUGGGAUUGCAAGUUCAACCAUCCUCAUCCAGCAUGUGGAUGAUGAGGGUGGUAGUCCAAUGGAACUGGAAGGUGUCAGCCUUAGACUAUCAGAGACAUCAAUUCCUUUUGCUCCUCCUCAAAAUUUUGGAUUCCAGCUGCAUGAACUUAGUCACUCCUUUCCUGCCAGUUCUUCACAGCUGACAGGGAAGUAAAAGUCUUUAUUUUUCAGACCUUCCUUUCUUGCUCAAUACCUGAUUGGAUCUUCAGAUAAUCUGUUUGCCACAUCUAUAGGGCCUCUUAAGGCUCAAUCCUAUGCAGGUUUAGGCAGAACUCCUACAAUUCUUAGCAUUCCCCAGCCAGCCUUGCUGUUGAAGGACCUUUUCCUGUCUAAGCAUGCAUCAGGUUGUGCUUUCAUUGACUUUACAGUGUCUCUCCGAUAUCCAAGUAAUGUAUAAGGAACUUAUUUUCAACAUGUGCUGUGAACUACAAAUUCUGGUUGCAGAAAAGGAUUUCCGACCGCUCCUCCUCUUUACUUUAAAUGGCAGUCCUCUCUCUCUCAAGUAGCUCAGAGAUUUUUUCAAAAUAGGGUAAGCAACAUGGAUUAAAUAAAGAAAUAAAUCACAAGUCGCCCAUCCAAGCAAGCCAGGUCAGUAAGACGACGAAAGAGUUCUUUAGCAAGGCAUUCACAAUCCUCUGUGGCAUGGAUCACCCGUUCCCCUAAAAAUAACGGUGCCAGUCGGGGUUGCAGCACAGAGCUCGUGAGCCUGUGGCCAUUUUGCACCCCGCUGCCCUCCCGCCCAGUGAUUUUCAUUGCAAACAAAGUACCUGGGAAGCAGGCCCACCCUGCAGGAUGCUGUCCGUCCCUGAGCUAGGAAGCUGUAGCCGAACAUGUCUGGGAGCGUCAAGUCGGAGGACACUGGUGUAAGCGAUCUGCUUCCAUUACAUUCAACUGGCCACCUCCCUGCACGCGUCCCCCGUCUCACUGCUGCGCUGCUCGUCUCCUGGGUGGGCAGAGGGAAAGGCGUUGCUGGGCAUCUGCGGGAUCUGCUCACCACCCCCGUUGCCAGCGUAAGGCGAGUAACGGGUUGCAGCGGUGAGUGAGAGGAGGAGAAAGGAGCCCGGGGCUGAUCUCACCGAGCCUUUGCCAAGUGUCCAGCCAUGCUCUCCUUGAUGCCUGCUUUGGUCGCCAUGAAAUUAUAUUGUAAUCUCAUGUAGUGUGUUCUAUUACAGAUGUUCAGAUCAACCUGGCUCCAGAUAGUAUUUCAGCCCCGAGAGAUGCCUCCUGACAGAUAGAAAGCUACCACUGGGUGGCAGCCUUGAUCGCAUGAUGUUAACGCAAAGUAGUUCCAGCCGGAAAGUAAAGCUGAAAUUAAUUUGCAACUGGCUGAGAUUUUCCAUUUUGCAGUCAUAUCGUGAACGUGAAAUACUGAGCUCGAAACUGAAAUGUGCAUUUUGAAUGUGAAAGUUUACCUUCAAGUGCUUUAGACUUGGUUUCUUUGUUUGCUUUAGCAGGCAUCAACAAUGAAAUUUUGUACGCUGUCAAGUACAAAAUGCCAUUGCAUGUUGCCUAUCCAAUGCUGUCAAGUGCCAAAUGUUAUUCCAUGUCAAGUAGAAUAUACAGUCAAUGAUUCAAUUCUAUUGCAUGCAAGCAUCAGAAAUUACUAUGUCUGAUAUGUCAACAAUCCAAUACUAUGAAGUAUUAACUACUGAAAUAAAAUCUUACAGGCUGUGAAACACAA